CCUACUCGGACGGGAAAAGAAAUGCGCAUUCAAGACUUAAAGCACUCGAUGGCUCCUAAGGGCAAAGCGCGAGCUUCGGCUUAGCUUUAGCAACUCGACAACUUUAUGAGAAACACAACAGUUCAACACGAAGCGUUCGACUCACCCGAAUUGUUAAAUGGUUAACUCACAACAUCCCCAUUUAACGACGCCUAGUUUCUAGCUUCCUGCAUUGUAAAAUUAGCUUUAAAAAAUGAUGGACGUUUCCGUUAGCACAUCCUCCCCAGACCGAAGCUAACGUCUACGUAGCUAAUAUCUCGCGUUCCCCCUCAAUUCCUCUUCUUCGGGUCCUCAACACCGUAGCAGUAAAUCAUGCCUACAGUGGUGUUGAUGGACGCGUCCCUGUCUAUGACGAGGCCGGUGUCACAGGACAGCAGCGAAGAGUUCCAGAGGAAGAACUUGGCCGUCCAUGGGCUCAAUAUGUUAUUCGAGCACAUGGCCUCCAACUACCGCUUGGAGUUCACCGCACUCAUGGCCUUCUCAUCCCUCUGGGAAUUAGUGGUGCCGUUUACCAGGGAUUAUAACGCUUUACAGGACGCCCUCAGCAACCUGGAAGACUAUGACAAGACGUGCGUGGAAUCAGCUCUGAAUGGUGUCAGCAACGUCGUGCAGCAAGAGUGGGGAAGUGCUUGUCCCUGUCAGGUGGUGCUAGUGACCGACGGAUCUCUCGGUAUUGGAAAAGGUUCCCUGCGUCACUCCCUGCAAUCGCUCAGGCAUCGCGGUGACGACAAGAAAUUCCCUCUGCCCUUCCCCUUCCCGACCAAAAUGUACAUCAUGUGUGUUGCCAACACGGAGGAGUUGCAGAUGACAGGUGCUUUGGACAAAUGGGAGGAGCUUCUUUGUCUAGGUGGAGGUGACGGACAGGUCUUCACUGUGGAGGGCCCACUGUGCAUGCAAGGUGUACAGGCCAUGUUUGGGAGAUUAAUUGACAGGGCCUACUGCCCCUUCCAUGCUGUCCUGCACUGCGGGAACUUAUCCGCAGACGUUCAGGUGUUCCCUCGACCUGAGCCUGUGGUGGUGGAUGAGGAGGUGGAACCUUUAGCCCGAACUGUCAAUCCAGAUCUGGAAAUCGUGGGCUUCAUUGAAAUCGCGGACAUCUCCAGUCCUCCUGUCAUAUCCCGACACUUGGUGCUGCCUAUCGCUGUCAACAAAGAUGUUGACGACGUUGGCACGGGCGGCGCAGAUGAGCCGGAAGAGGAAGUGUCCGCCAGUCAAAUGGCAGGGAAAAGUCCGAAUUUCUGCGUGCUACUCCAUGGCAGCCUAAAAGUGGAGGGCAUGGUGGCGCUUGUCCAGUUGGGGCCGGAGUGGUUCGGCAUGCUGUAUUCGCAAGCCGACAGCAAGAAGAAGUCCAAUCUGAUGAUGUCACUGUUUGAACCCAGUACUGAGCCUCUGCCUUGGCUGGGGAAGAUUUCCCAUUUGGGACCAAUCUCAGAGGCGGCGGAAAAUCCCUAUGGAGAGGACGACAGUAAAAGUCCUUUCCCCGUGCAGCCGCCCGUCAAACGAAGCUACGCUCAGAAUGUCACCGUGUGGAUUAAAGCAAGCGGACUACAGACUGAUGUCCAAAAGAUUCUGAGGAAUGCAAGAAAACUACCUGAUAAAACACAGACCUUCUACAAGGAGCUGAACCGUCUGCGGAAAGCUGCUUUGGCUUUUGGAUUCUGGGACCUCCUCAAAGGAGUGGCCGAGCUGCUGGAGCGGGAGUGCACGCUGCUGCCCGACUCGGCUCACCCUGAUGCCGCUUUCCAGCUUUCGCACGCCGCCCAGCAGCUCAAGUUGGCCAGCACCGGGGAUUCCCAAUACGCCGCUUUUGAACACAACAUUGUCCCCAUGCACACUGACUUCUCAAGCUGAGCCACGUUUGACUUUGUGGGGAAAAAACUGUGUGGACUGAGAGUGAUGUGGUGAACACCUUGUCACUUCCAGGGACAUCGGCUCCGGGAACCUUGUAUGUGGAACAGCAAUGGUGUGGAGAAAAAAAAAACAUGUUUUUAUACUCUUGUUAGCAAAGUAUUUGUCAAAUCACUUUGAGAGUUACAUGAAGUGUUUACAAUGGUGGACUUCAAUGGGCAGACAAAAGCAGAAUGACAAAAAAAAAUAGCGCUGGUUUGCAGUUUAAUUUUCCCUGACACCUGUGGGAUACUAAUUCACAAAUGAAGCGCAAUACAUUGCAGCAGAAACAUUGGAAUUUAUGACCAGCCUCAUGAAAUGAAUACUAAAUCCAGUACCACUAAUUGUAUCUGUAACGUGAAUUCAGAAAGAAUUACACGUGUGAAGAUAACAGCUAAAAA